AUGUCUCAAACUAACUUGGAGCAAACCCACUCGGGCGCUCCCACUAACAUUACCAACCCCAACGACAACAUCUUGUUGGACAAGGAAAUCGACAAGGAUGUUACCAUUGACCCUCCUAAGGAGGUGAACACCAGAUCAGGAAAGGAGUACAUUGCCAUGUCUAUUUUCUGUUUCUUGGUUGCCUUUGGUGGUUUCGUGUUUGGUUUCGAUACCGGUACCAUUUCUGGUUUCGUUGCUAUGGAUGACUUUAAGGAGAGAUUUGGUCAGCUUAACGGUUCUGGUGAAUACUACCUUUCUAACUCGAGAACAGGUUUGAUGGUUUCUAUUUUCAAUGUCGGUUGCUGUAUCGGUGGUAUCUUUAUUGGCAGAAUCGGUGACAUGUGGGGUAGAAGAAUCGGUAUCAUGGUUGCCAUGGCUAUUUACGUUGUUGGUAUUGCCAUUCAGAUUUCUUCCGAUGACAAGUGGUACCAGUUCUUUAUUGGUCGUAUGGUUACUGGUCUUGCUGUCGGUACUGUUUCUGUCGUUGCUCCAGUGUUCAUUUCCGAAGUUGCUCCUAAACAAGUCAGAGGUACCUUGGUCUGCUGCUACCAGCUUUGUAUCACUUUGGGUAUCUUUAUCGGUUACUGUUGCACUUACGGUACUAAGACGUACGACGAUGCCAAGUGUUGGAGAAUCCCAUUGGGUCUUUGCUUUGUCUGGGCUGCUUUGUUGGUUGCCGGUAUGGUGAACAUGCCUGAAUCCCCAAGAUUCUUGAUGAGCAAACAGCGUGUUGACGAUGCCAGAAGAUCCAUUGCCAGAUCUAACAAGGUUGACAUUAACGAUGAUGUUGUUGAGGCUGAAAUCAGAACUAUCCAGGCUGGUCUUGACAAGGAGGCUCUUGCUGGUAACGCUGACUGGAUGGAGUUGAUUAACGGUAAGCCAAAGAUUCUCAGAAGAGUGUUGGUUGGUGUCAUGACUGCCAUUUUGCAGCAACUUUCUGGUAUCAACUAUUUCUUCUACUAUGGUACUACCAUUUUCAAGGCUGUCGGUAUGGAUGACUCUUUCAAGACUUCGAUUAUUCUUGGUGCUGUCAACUUUGUUUCCACUUUCGCUAACAUUUGGGCCAUUGAGAGUUUGGGUAGAAGAAAGACCCUUUUGAUUGGUUCCGUUUGCAUGACCAUCUGUUUGAUUAUCUACUCGGCUCUUGGUUCCGCCCACUUGUACAUUGACGGUUUCGACAACACUCCAGAAAACACCAGAAAGCCAACUGGUAACGCUAUGAUUUUCAUUACCUGUUUGAACAUUUUCUUCUUUGCCUCGACCUGGGCAGGUGGUGUCUACUGUAUCCUUUCCGAAACUUACCCAUUGAGAAUUCGUUCCAAGGCCAUGUCUGUUGCUACUGGUGCUAACUGGAUGUUUGGUUUCUUGAUUGCCUUCUUCACUCCAUUCAUCACUUCGGCCAUCCACUUCAACUACGGUUUCGUGUUUGCCGGUUCCAUGUUGUUCUCGGUGUUCUUCAUUUACUUCUUCCUUUGUGAGACCAAGGGUCUUUCCUUGGAAGAGGUUGACGAAAUGUAUGCAUCUGGCUUGAAGGCCUGGAAGACCAGCGAUUUCGUCCCACAAGCUGAGAAGAACGAAGAGGUUUAA